AUGGCAAGUUUAGCUGGAAAGGUAGCUCUCAUCACAGGUGCCAGUUCAGGCAUCGGCGCUGCCACUGCUAUAUUAUUUGCCAAACACGGAGCGAAGCUAUCACUGACAGGUCGAAACCUUGACAAUCUCAAUAAAACAAAGAAGGAAUGCUUGAAAGUAAACAGUGAUCAUCAGAAGAUCCAUCUGCUCCAGGGUGACCUGUUCUAUUCCACCGAGUUCAAGCUGUGUACUCGACCAUCCACGCUCCCUGGCGUGAUUGUCACAGAGCUGCAGCGAAGAGGAGGUCUUGAUGCUGAAGCUUAUACCAAGUUUCUGGAGCACAGUCGGAAGACCCACGCACUCGGUCGCACGGGACAACCGAUAGAAGUCGCGCGUGUCAUAGCCUUCCUCGCAUCUAGUGAUUCCUCCUUCAUCACUGGAGCAACUAUACCUGUAGAUGGUGGCCGCCAUGCAAUGUGCCCAUAUUAG